CUCUCAUUUUCGUGUGUUAUGGAAUGGUCGACAUCCAUGGACGGCUACGACUAUAGAUACAAAUGAACUGAUCAAUGGUCCGAUAAGUUGCAUAUAUAGAGCAGCGCGACAGUAAGUACCGUGUAUUUGCACUGCCAGACUGAUGUUCCACUGCUAGUUUGUCUGGACGAUUGUCUGUCGAAUCUGAAAUUUGGAAAACUUAAUACUUUUGCGGAUUUAUCUCUUCAUACAUUUCUGGCUUUAAGCGAAGGAAAUGUAUAACAUCUGUUUGUUGAUUUUUACUUUUGGACUUCUAGUUACACCGUGGGCUUCAGGCAAUCGCCGGAACAACAGAACCAACCACAAGAUCUCUGCCGAGGACCGAGCACUUGGAUCUUUUCUACAAAAGGUCGCAAUUGGCAGAGCACAAGCUUGCCAAACUGAUGCGGACUGCUCCAAACGCGGAAAUAUCAAAUGCCUGGGUGACAACAUGAACUUCUGUGGGCGGCCAUCGGUGGCUAACAUUUUCCAAGCGGCGGAUGAUAAAGAGUGCAGUGCAGAUGCUGAUUGUCAGAGCCUAACGGGAACAAAAAAGUUAGCAUCUCGCUGCGUUGCCGGCAGAUGCGACUUUUGUGGGCCGAGACUGUGCGAAACGGAUGCGGACUGCUGCUCGCUCGCGCAGGGAGGAGGACAGAAAUGCGCCACACUAAGUGGAUACGCUGAAAAACGCUGCUGGAAAACCUGUACACGGAAAGAUGAUUGCCUUGUUAGUCUUGGACCAGCUCGAGGCAAGCUAGUGUGCGUCGAUGGUCUGUGUCAGAAGAGAAAUCGCAAGGGGAAAGUAGCCUGAUUUGACAGUAUUCCAUCACCAUUGUCACUGUUUAUCUCCUCGGUAUACAAAUGGAUUACUAAAUGCAAACCGACCCGCCGUUUGCAUGGAUUUUUUUUCGCUGUUGAGUUUUAAAUUGUACAUCUGUGACUCCAAAAUCGAUUAGCUUUUUUUAUUAAUUACAUCCGCAUCGCGAAAAGUGACACUUGUACAGAUCGCAUCGCUGUAAAAUAAGACAUUUCCUCUGUACACAUUUGCAGAACGUCGUUCUUUCGUUUGUAUAUGGAAUUUCUGGUAAAUGUCACGGAAAACGCAGUUACAAUAAUGCAGUGUUGCAAAUGUACUGGUGGGGAUCAUGAGGAACGAUGACGACAGCAGGAAGUAAAGGGCA